CCGCUGCUCAAUUGCCGACGCGAGAAGUUGUGCAAAUGGCUCUCCAACGGGCUGCACCAGGAAUCGCAUUCGGUGGUUCACGAUAGAAUGCGCUUGCUGACUGCUGUUUCUCAGGGGAUCUUUCCCAUCUGUUUUCGAUACUGAUUCUUCUUCACAAAAUGAAGACGUCAAGCAGCGCCUCGGGCAUCUCGUUCAAAUCCCAGUUUCUCUACCUCAUCGUUUACGUGACACGUUACGUCGACCUUCUCUGGACGUUCUACAACCCGAACUCGCUCUACAACACUUGCUUCAAAAUCAUCUUCAUAAGCACAUCCGCGUACACGGUUUACCUCAUGCUCAACGACUACAAGCCGACCCAUGACCCAAAUCUGGACACGUUCAAGAGGUACGCAAGAACGUGCAUACUCGGGCUGUGGUCCGUGCUAAUGGAACUCUAGAUUCU